AUGUAUUUUCAAAUUGAAAAUACUCCUGAACACAUACGAAGGGCUCGCCGUGCGGAAUUUGUUGUGAAGGAGGCACCUAAGGAGGAAUGUCCUCGUCUUGUUCUGGCCCCGUUCUCUCGGCCUCCGCAAGUGGUUUUUGAUAAUGUUCUUAUUGGUGCAACUUGCGAGAGAAACCUGGAGGUGUUCAAUCCGUCAAAGCAAGUGCAACAGAUAACACUUGGUAAGUCCCUGCCAGCUGGCUUAGUUAUCCACUUGCCAGGAGAAUGGCUGGUCCUAGAGCCGGAAACUUGUUACUGUCUGACGAUGAUGUGGACUCCAACCCAGCCAACUGGAACUAGGGAGACAAUACGCUUCACCAAUGAGAACAGAGGCAGAUAUGAUGUUAUUGUUGUUCUUAAGUCUGUUAUGAAUAUAAAAGGGAAAGGCGCACAACCCAAAAGCUUCAAAAUAUCUCCAGGUAAAAUAAAAAAGAAAUCAAGUAAGAAAUCUCCAGUAGCUGUUUACAAGAAGAAGUCUGAAAUCAUUUACAAUACCACACAAAUACAGAAGACAUACAAAGUGUUACAAUCACAACAAAAAGUUACUCAUCAAAUGUACAAUAAAGAAAAUAUGGCAAUCAAUGACUUUGCUAUGGACAUCCGUCCAGAUAAAUGUCCAUUUGAUUCACCAGGCAGUAUUGACUUUAACUUUGAUACUUCUGAAGUUUUCUCCAAUAUGCGCCAGCCAUAUAAACAAGAUAUACUGCAGCAAACAUAUGACAAAUCUUACACAUACAACAAUACCUUGAAUGCACCUCAAAAUAUACUAAAGCCAUCAAACAAACAAGCCUGUGAUGUCUCUGGCACGGAGCUCUUCGACAAUCUUACAUUUACUCCAUUAAAAACGUUACCUGCCAAAGUUGAAAAACUCGACAAGGGACCUAAGAUUAUCCUUAGUUUGAAUUCCGAAAGUGAGUUGGAUGACAGUUUGGAAAAUAAGGAUUUCAAUAAAGAAAACCAGACUCAUUCCAUUAUCAGUGUGACAUCUUCACAACGACCUAACAAAUGGUUGACAGUGAAUCAUCAUACUAAAGUUGAAACCCAUGUAGAAACUCCCACAGUGCUGAGUAAGAAACACCCUGACACAUCGUCACCUAAAGAACUGAAUAGCCCGAAUUUUUCUAUAAACACGGAAUUCUCUCGCAUUAGCGAUCUGUCUUUCUUUCCACAAAGAUUUUCGACAGAACGGAAGACAUUCCCAAAAUUGAACAAUGAUACCCAUGAUAUUUUUGACGAUCAUUUUAAACCUGGCUCCGACACUUACACUAAGGAGUCGCCAAAUACACCAAUGGAACCGAAUUUCAAUCAAAUCUACGAAAUGAAGCCACCGCACUUUCUUCCAAAAGAUCAGCCUAAAAUGUGCCGACAAGCUCUUUUCAAAGACUACCAACACCAAAAAGAAACAUAUGAUCAAAGAAAUUUUAUGAAUGCUUAUGAAAACGCGUGGCAAAACGAGUUGCGUGUGGACACACGAUCUCCCCCGCCUAGAUCUCUCACUCCUCCUUUGCAGUCUAUUCCCGAAGAAAGCGUACAGUUCUCUGAUACCUUCAACAGGACUGAUCAACAAAUGUCUACAUUUACUAUCAAUCGUACUUUUGACAAAGCUCCCGAUAGAUUUUCUUCGAUCCCUUCAACAAGUCAAAGACAAUCGUGGUCCAAAAAAGCUGUCCGAGCGGAGCCUGAUCUUUGGAAAAUACCAAUUUCUCAUGUCAAAAAGACUAUAAAAAAUAAAGCAUCCAUCAAAAAAGAUUCAAGUAAGAUAUCUAACACGACGUUUGAGACAAAUAAAAGUAUAAUACAGAACAUGUCGGUUAACCAGGUCGGGAACGUAUACUCUCAAGCAGCCACUGUUGAUCCAUUCUUAUCAUCGACUUACUUUUACGACGAAGAGGCUGUAGAAAAAUUCGAAAUAGAAUUUAAAAGGUGGUUGAAUUGUAUAUUGACACCACCCUCUGAUUUAGAUAGCAACAUAGAACAGAAGAUAGAUGUUGGGAAGGCCUGGAUCGAGAACAGAAAUAAAGAAGUCCCUGCUGCGCCUACGAAGGAACAAGUGUCAAGUGCCUACCACAAUAGUCACAGACUGGAAAGUCUUAGAAGAUCGGCUAGAGCUUUACUAAUGAGUCCUGAAAUCGCCAUAGUGUUCCAAAAGUUGACUGCUCAAAUUGACAAGAAACUUAUUGCCAUUAGGGCUGAUAGAAAUCUGCAUUUGGAUGUUGGACUACAAAAGAUUAUAAUGGAAUUAUUAUUGUCGUACAAUCCAUUAUGGCUUCGUAUCGGCCUUGAAGCUAUCUACGGCCUCGUUUUGCCUUUACACUCAAACAGCGACAUUGAGGGUCUUACAACUUUUAUAAUUCAAAGAAUGUUCAAAAAUCCUUUCCUAAAAAAUAAACACUCGAAGUCCAAUGCUCCGAACAUGUUACUUCCAGCAUACAUGGAGGCAAUCAAGAAAUUUACCCUCAAAAAAUUUUUCAUGCUUGUUUUCUUCUUAGAUCAAGCAAAACAAAGAAAACUUAUAUCGCAUGAUCCUUGUCUCUUCUGCAGAAAUGCCGUUUGUAAAGAAAGCAGGGAAAUCAUUAUAAGAUUUACAAGAGAACUUAUCGCAGGCAUUGGUGAUAUCACGAAACACCUCAGACCACUCGGCUAUGUCGUGAGUCACAAACAAUCGUAUUUAGACGAAUAUAAGUAUGCAGUGCAUAACAUAGCGUUGGAUAUUAGAGAUGGGGUACGACUAACGAAGGUAAUGGAAAUCAUUUUAAUGAAGGAUGGCUUGUUGAGGCAGCUUCGUACUCCGGCUAUUUCUCGUCUUCAGAAGAUUCAUAACGUGCAAGUUGCCCUGAAUGCUUUGAAAGAUGCCAACUUCGUGAUUGUUGGGGAAAUUACUUCCAAUGACAUUGCUGAUGGUCACAGAGAAAAGACACUGUCUUUACUAUGGCAGAUUAUUCAUGUGUUCCGCGCCCCGUUGUUUGAGAGAGCUGCCAACGUUAUACAGACGUGGUGGAGGAAGAAAUACGAAGUUAUCGUGGAGAAGAGGAGGGAGGAAGAGAGAAUACUUCAAGAACGCGUAAACGCAGCCAGUGUGAUCCAAUGUUGGUGGCGACGUAUCCAGUAUAACCGCUUGGUCGAAUGGAAAAUGCAACAAAUUACAGCGGCUACAAUCAUAGUACAGAAGUAUUGUAGAAUGUGGAUACAUAGAAGUCGCCUUCUGCGGCAGAAAAGGAGUGUACUGAAAAUCGAGACUUGGUAUAGCUCUGUAAUGAUGAUGAGACAAGCUAAAACACAACUUGAAAAGCUGAGACUUGAAAGGGAAGAAUUAAGGCGUAAGGCUGCUAUUCAUUUACAGUGUCAAAUCAGGCGCUGGCUGUGUGUAAGGCGAUAUACAUUGCAGUUAAAGAGAAUCGUUAUUGUACAAAGCUUAGUCCGGAGAUUCCUUAUCAGAAAACAGUAUAUUCGGUACAAGCAAGCUGUUGUAUGCGUCCAACAAAGAUAUAGAGCUAAAUUAUUGAUGAACGCGCAAAGACUAGACUUUGCUAUUAAGCGCCGAAGCGCUAUUCUUAUACAGAGCUACUAUCGAAUGUUACAAGAUCGCAGAAAUUACUUAAAGCUGAAAAAUGCUGUUAAUAUAAUUGAAGAACGCUAUAAAGCAUUGCUUGAAAUGAGAAACACUCGCAGCCAAUACCUAGACCUCAAAUAUAAGAUUAUUAAAAUACAGGCGUUGUACAGGGGAAGGAAGUGCACAGAGGAAUACUUAAGACAGAAAGAACGUAUAAUAUCGCUUCAAAGAAGAGUCAGAGCUCACCAAUUAAUGAAGAAAGAUAAAGAAGAAUUUCUACGCGUUAAGAAAGCUGCCGUUGUACUUCAAACAUACAUCAAGUCAUAUUUGAUCAUGAAAAAGUUAAGACAAGAUUACCUACGACUACUUCAGUCCUCGAUUCUCAUUCAAAGAUACUUCCGAUCAUAUUUAGAAACAAAAGCUCAGAGGAACGCUUACUUGCAAUUAAGAAAUGCUGCAGUAACUCUGCAAACAUGUUACAAAAACUUGCUACUUACGCGUAAAGAAAGAUCUGAGUAUCUUCGACUUAAGAAAUCUGUAAUAGUUAUCCAAUGCAGGUUUAGAGCUCAAUGUUCGAUGCGUAAACAAAAAGAAGAAUAUUCUAAACUGCGUCAAGCAGCUAUUGUCAUUCAGCGUAGGUAUAUAGCUCUAACCAAAAUGCGUUUACAAAGAGCCGAGUAUUUAAAACUUAAAUCGUCUUGUACUAUUAUCCAAAAUGCCUUCCGAGCUUAUGCACUGGGUAAACAGCAAAGAAAAAAAUAUCUGGAAUUAAAAACAGCUGCUAUCAAGAUACAGAACUGGUUUAGAAGCUGCAAGGAAGGCAAAGAAAUACAACAGCAGUACCAGCAAGCGAAACAAGCUUGUGUUACUAUACAGACGAUUUAUAGAGCGUAUAUUAUUGGAAGAAAACAAAGACAAGAGUUUGUUCGAAUUAGAACCGCAACUAUCUGCAUUCAAACGUUCUACAGGUCGUAUAUUGAAAUGAAAAUCGUGAGACAACAAUAUAUUAAAAUAAAAACUGCCACAGUUACUAUCCAGAGAUAUUACAAAUCAUAUUUGGAAACAAGGAAGCAAAGGACGUCGUAUCUACAAAUUAAAAACGCUGCUGUUCUUAUUGGAGAUCAUUAUAAACGGUAUAAACUAACUAAGUCAGCCCAGGAUGAUUACCGUCGGCUACGCAACGCAACGUUGUGCAUUCAAAGAAGGUAUAGAAGUAUUUGUGCUAUGAGAGCCGAAAGAGAAAAAUAUUUACGAACCAGACUUGUUAUUACAAAUUUACAGCAAAAGUACAAGGCCAUACUUGCAAUGAGGAAAGACAGACAAGCUUAUUUAAGCUUACAAAAUGCUGUUAAGACAAUUCAAAACAGGUUUAGAGCUCAGAGACUUAUGAUAGCAACAAGAACAAGGUACACUACAAUGUUGACACAGUGCAUUGUAAUACAGAGGUUCUAUAGGGCUAUAGUUGCAGGCAGGAGGCAAAGGAAAGAGUAUAAUGAUUUGAAGCAAUCUGCCAUUGUUUUACAAAGAAGAUACAGAGCUUUGCUGACAAUGCGGACGGAUAGAAAAUUAUAUCUUAACAAGAAGUCAGCAGCUAUUGUUAUCCAAAGAAGAUUUAGGUCAUAUUGCCUCAUGUUGAAAGAGAGGCAUAUUUACAAAAACAUCAUUAAAGCUUGUAUUACUAUUCAAGCAGCAUUCCGAGCAUAUUCCAGCGGAAAACGCCAACGUCUUGAAUAUAACAAUAUCAAAUCAGCUACCAUCCUAAUUCAGAGGCGUUUUAGACUAAUAAGAGAAACUAGAAGGAUUCAAAAUCAGUACCAAACUCUCAGAAAAACAGUUAUAAUGAUACAAAGUAGAUAUAGAGCAAAUAAAAUAGCUCGUAGUAUAAGAGAAAAGGAUGCUGCUGAGAAAAUUAGAAACUGGUAUGUUGCUACGAAAAAACGUGAUGUAUGCCGUGAAGAAUACUUAACGUUGAAAAAAUGUACGAUACUGAUCCAGUCCGUGGUCAGAAUGUAUAUGCUUCGUAAAAGAUUUGUAGCUAUCAAAGAAGCUACUUUGUGCAUACAGAGAUUCUACCGCUCAUACAAAUUGACAAUCACAGAACGACAAAGAUAUAUUAUGAUGAGAACUUCCAUUAUAAAGUUACAAAGCUAUGUCAGGGGCUUCGUUGAAAGAAGACGUUUCUUCAGAUUGCGAUCCGCUGCCGUCGCAAUACAGGCAGCCUAUAGACUUAAAAAGAAGCGAGACUUUGUAAAAGCUCAACGAUUACAAGCCGCAAUUUGCUUACAGAAGCACGUGAGACGGCAUCUAGUGCGGUCGUGGUACGUAAAAUAUAUAGAGCGAGUGAGAUUCAUUCAGACAUUAUGGAGAGGUAAACUACUUACGAGACUGAUACGCUGCGAAUUUACACAAAAAAGAAGAAUUGUAGUAAAGUUCCAGGCUAUUAUUAGAGGGUACUUGGUGAGAAAACAAAUUCAAUUAAAGAGAGAACAGAUCCAAAAGAUAAGAGAAGAACAGAGGGUCUACUGGGCUGCUUCUAAAAUUCAGGCGUUAUUCCGUGGCCAUAAAGCGAGAAUGGACAUCGCUCAUGACAAGCGCGUCGCAGCAAUUAGGCGUAGGUGGCGUGACGGUGGCUUAAAGUCCAGCCAGGAGUCUAUGAAGGAGCGCAAUGAGGAAGCUAUGGAGGUGCUUCGGAAUAUUAGCGGCAUUGAAACUGUAAUCAAGGCAUUUAGAUCUCUUGAGUUAUUAACGGAAGUAUUUCCGAUGUUGUACAACGACAACGCGUCGGCCAUUGUGCAUCGUGUGUACACCUAUAUGUCAGUGACAAACAGAUCCAUUUCCAGUAUAGAAGUGCUGAAAUCUGCAGCUGCCGUGCUCGUCAACUUGACUAGAUAUAGGAUUACGGGUCCGAAGAUAUACUUGAGAGAUCGUAUUUCGCCAAUAUUAAAAUUUAUGUGGAGAUUCAGUAACAGCGAGACUCAAUUGUUUUGUAUAAUGGCAACAUAUUUGUGGCUGUUUUCCAAAUAUGAACAUGUUAAGAAGGACCUAACACAGUUACUGAAUCAACCAGAAAACCAUAGAAUGCUGGUAACAAUAAAAGGAAAUGUUGAUAGAACUAAACGAAUGACUACCAACAUUAUGCGUAGCAAGUUCCAUACACCUCAAACAUCCAAAUUCAUUUCUCAUACCAACAACCAGUCUUUGAAUAUGAGUCUUUGUCAAACUGGACAAAGUACAAUGUUGCCGGCCUUAGAACCAGAUUAUGGUAUUGUAAGAGUUGAUAAACCACGGUACUUUGAAGACGCCCAGCAAGCCAUCAGUUGCCUUUUCCAUACAUAUGAACUGUGAUUAUUUCUUAUAGCAAUUUUGCUUCUUUUCAGUUUUUUAAUAAGUUAAAUCAUUUAAUAUAUUCUAGCACUGUUAAUAUUAUUAUGUAUGUUAAUUUGUAUACUUGUUAAUUAUCUUCCAUUUAAGAAAUUAUGAUAGCUUUUGUAACAAUUGCUCUAUAAACAUUACUAAAAAAAAUGUAGAGUUUACAAAAUCACUCUAAAACGCAACACUAAUAAUUUUAUUGACAUAAAUUUAGAUUAGUCUAUUAACUUUAAUAAUUGUGUGUUUGUUUUGUGUGUGAGUGAGACAAUGGAUUAAGUUUUAUAAUAUGAGAAUAAUCAAUUUCCAUGUUAAACAACUUAUAAUUAUUUUGUUAUGAGACAUUACUUCUAACGAUGGUCAGGAU